GCAGUGAGAAUGGCCAGCCAGUCCCAGGGCAUCCAGCAGCUUCUCCAGGCAGAGAAACGGGCAAAGGAUAAACUAGAGGAAGCCAAGAAACGAAAAAACAAGCGCUUGAGGCAAGCGAAGGAGGAGGCAACAGCAGAUAUUGACCAGUACAGGCUAAAGAGAGAGGGAGACUUCCGGCGCAUCCAGACAUCUGUCAUGGGGUCCCAGGGUAAUCUGGCAGUGAAGAUAGAAGAACAGACUGUAGAGAAGAUUCAGCUCUACAGUUCCAGUUUCCAUAAAUACAAGGAGGGAGUGUUACAGCAACUGCUGGAUUUAGCAUACAAUAUAAAACCAGAACUCCACACCAAUUUCCAAUACAAGCUGUAACUAAGCAUAUGUGCCUAAUCAGAAGGUUGAGAAUGUACGCUUUCAUUGAACAAUGGCGAGAACCAAGGAUGGACAUUUGUCUUAUAAAUUCCUUAUUGUUAACCCCCAACACAAGGACCUGCAACAUCAUGUGGCAUUGGAGGCAUUCUAUAUCACCUUUCUGGUUUCACUUUGUAAACAAGAAUGGUAUAAUUAUUCAGAUUUAAAGAGAUAUCCAAAAAAUAUUUGUCUAAAUAUCUUGUGUAAAAGGAAGGAGCUUAAAAAAGAAAAUAAAUAUCCAAAUCAAUCACUAUAUAUAUAUAAAUAUAUAUAUAUAUACAUACAUAAAUACUUUGCACGUGUGUGUUCUUUAUUGCCCUGCUAACGACUACAGAAUCAUAAGAUACCUUCAUGUCCUGUUCAUAUUUAAUAAAGCACCUAUUUUCCAUACAAA